AUGCCUCUCGUCGGCCCACGCGCGUGGGCUCAAGGUCUCCGACUCCCAGCUACAAACUCGGCGUCCGGUGUCACCGUGACGGCCGCGCCGCCGUCGACCUUUGGGUCGCCGUCGAUCGGCGUCUCGGGCAAGCCGUCGGACAAGGGCAGCAAAAAGCUCGAGGCGUUCGGCCGCAUUUUUUCCAACCUCCUCGCGGGCGGGCUCAUUUUGCUCUCACUCUUUACGCUCAUUGUGCUCAUCAACCAAGGCAUGUUUUCCCGGCUCGUCAUUUCCAACAACGUGCAGUCGGCGGCGUCCUUUUGGUCCGACUAUGGCAAGGCGUGUCAGCUCACACAUCACGGCUGGGUCGCGCAAAGUUGCUCGCAAAAUGAAGUCACGACAACGUCGCCUACGGUUUGGGCGGCCGUGGGUGACCGCCUCGCCGACCAGUGGUCGCUCGAACUUGACCAAGGCGCGCCGCUCUUCGUGUCGACGUGUGUUGUCGGCGGCAACAAGGCCGUCGGGUGGGGUGUCCUCGUCUUUGUGGCUGGCUACACUACGUACCCCGACUGUGUGCCACUCAAUGGACCGCAGUUGAUUGCCGGCAUUGCCUUGCUCGAGACCACCGUUCGCAACGACCAAGGCGUCUAUCUUCUCACACUCUACUCGGACCUCAACACGACGAUGCAGACCGUGCACGAGUACACAAAUUCGGAUGGCACGCAACAAGGCGUGCUGCCGUACCCGCUGCGCACAGUGGUGACCACCGACGGCAGCUAUAGCUACGAUGCAACGGGUGAAGAUUUUGUCAUUUUGUCGACGCCGCUUGGUCUACGGUAUACGGUCAACGUCUAUUGUCUGUCUCAGAUCCAAGUCGUCUCGGACUUUGGGCUGCCGGGCUGGAGCCAAGGCAAGCACGGAGGCGUCCCGCUCAGUCCUGCGUGGGCCUGUGGCAAUGAGGUCGAUAGCGCGUCCGAACUCAUUGCCAUCCAAGUGCUGCUUAUUGUGUUAACCGUGCUUGCGCUCAAUGGCGACGUUUACAUCACCUUUGAGGGUCUAUCCUUCGAGAAGGGCCUGAACGGCAUCGUGCCGUACAACCCAAAGCAAAAGCAUGGAAGCACCUUUAUAGUGAGCGUUUACUGGCUCGGGCUUGCGAUUUUACCGCAGUCGUGUUCCAUGCUCCGGCCGUUCGUUGCCGGGACGGUCGCGGAGAACCAUUUCAAACCCAAUACGGCCGAGCACAAGGAGAAAAUGGACUCUGCCGUGCGGUAUCGCUACACCCGCGGCAACUGCGUCACGUGACACUGCGCUACGACGGGAUGUAAACGUACUGUACCUCAAUUAUACAAAAAGGCGGUGUACAUACUAGAAAAACCGUGCUAGGAUUCACAAUG